UUAAAGUUUUGAUUAAAAUUCUAAAUUUGAAGUUUUGAAGUUUUUUUUGUAGAGCAAAAAACUCUAUAUUUAAAGUUAUAAUUGUUUUUUGCAGAUGCUGUAAAAAGACGUUUCUAUUGUUUUAACCUUUCUCUCUCUUAAAAUGUAAUAUUUUAUUCAUUUUUCUAGGUAGAGACUUAAACUGUUGCUGAUGCUCUAAUAGAUCUCAUUUUUAUGUUGAUAUAAUAUUACAUGAGGUACUGAGGCAAGAGAUUUUAAGGACACCAUUAGUGGUAGUCCCUUAAUAGGUUUCUGAUAAUAAAAAUAACAAAAAGUAUUGAAAAGGAAGGAGAAAGAACAGCAAAUCAUAAGAAUCGAUCAGCCGUAACCUCGUUAGUGGUGGAAUUGUUUGAAAAUAAUUAAAAUAUAGUAAUAAAUAUAAGAGAAAAUUACUCAAACUAAGUCUCCUUUUCAGUUAAUUACUAAUCUAACUCUCGUCUAACGACAUAUGUUAACUAAAGGGGUAAAAGAUGGAUUAACCCUCUAUAUUGUUAUUUAUUUCCAUUUAAUACAUUAAUAUAAUAAGAAAAUAUAAAAUAAAAAAACCCAUUAAUAAAAUAACAACACAGGAUAUGUUUGAGUAAAAAAAAUUAGGGUUUAUGGUUCCAUUGUCGACGAACGUAGACUGCCUCUGAGGGCUUUCGAUUUCUCCAUUCCUCCGACUUGCCUCGUGUUCACCAGCGUGAAGAGCGUCAUCUUGGACAGGGAGAAACACCUUACUCGGACAAUCCAGCUAGGUUUCGGCAGCUCUUGUCUUCUCCGCUAGUGGAGCUUGUCCCCCGGUUAGAUUCACAGUCGUAAUUCUCUGACCAAUAUUUAUUUCUGGUUUCAGUCUUCCUCUCAGAUUUGAAUGAAUUUCAAAACAAUUAAUCUUGUUCACAGUCACAGUGGUUUUAGGUUCCGAAAAAAUUUGAAUCAGUUCUAGUUUGUCCUCAAUGUGAAGUCAUAAAACAGUAUUGAUUUAGAUUUUUCAUUGUUUGUUUGUCAAUUUAACAUCUAUCAGUUCAUUUUAGUCAGUGUAACCAACUCUUACAUGUUAUAUAGUGAAUAUUUAUUUGUUAUUUAUAUGCAUUUCUCUGUAGUUAUUUCAUGCUAAUGUUACUUUGAACUUUCCAUUGCUAGAUAUGGCCUCAGCUAGCACUACGACUAAUUAUCCACAACGACUUUACAAAAGAGGGAAAACACCUAACCAACAAAAGAGUAUGAGUUACUAUAGUUAUUUGUCAAAUUUUCAAAUGGUGGAAGUAGGAGUAGGAAACGACGCAUGAGAUGCACUGAAGAAGUCAUCAGUUGGAGUUUUUCCUAGAUUUUACGAGCUUGAUUUCACAUGGUAUGCAAAGGUUGUUCAUUACCUCUUAACGCAUCAGCUGGUAGUUAGAAAGAACUACGAGAUAUGGUCGUUACAGCGACUUCUUCGGCAGCUACAUCAUCUUCUUCUUCCUCCAAAUCUAUAUCCUUAAGUUCAAGACAAAUUCUCAUCGGUUCGGUCUUUAGUUGCUCCAAAAAUCCAGAAAAUUGUCUUUGAUUUCCGAUAUCUAUAGGCAGUGUAUUUUGUGGUAAUGUCAACAAAACGUUUUUUGGAUACAUGUAGCUCAAUUCCACCUUGUAAUAUUGUGUAUCGACUUUGUACUCUCUGAUCACCAUUUGAACAAAAUAUUCAUAGCAAAUCCUAUCAUUUACUUCUGUAACUUUUCUCUCUUUUUUCUUGUCAACACCAAAUAGCCAUCUAGUUUCUUGAUAUAUCCAUUUACCACAUGUAAGAGUAAGUUGCCCCAUCUGUGAAAAAAAAAAGGAGAAUUGAUGGAAAGAAAACGUAAACAGCGUAAGAAGAAGAAGACAGCUUCUUGAUAUAUCCAUUUACCACAUGUAAGAGUAAGUUGCCCCAUCUGUGAAAAAAGAAAGGAGAAUUGAUGGAAAUAAAACGUGAACAGCCUAAGAAGAAGAAGACGGCUUGACGUAAUAGGUAACGGACUUGAUUAGAUUUGUUUAGAUUAGGGUUUGAUUCAAUUUUAUUUCUGGUCUAAAUUAAGUUAUGAUUUGGUUUACACAAUUAAAUUAUGAUUUGGUUUAAAUUAAGUAAUGGUUUGGUUUUCACAUUUAAAUUAUUGUUUGGUUUAAAUUAAAUCCGGUUUACAUGGUUUGUCACGAUUUUGGUUAAUUGGUUAAAAUUAUAUAAGUCUGUCUUCAAAAAGACAAAAAAAUCUGUGGUCAAAAGUAAAUAAAUCUGUUGAAGUUUGUUAACUAAAUCUAUUGAAAAGAAAUAAAUCGGUUGGAAGUCUAUCAAAACUAAAUAAAUUUGUGGGCAAAUGAAGACAAAUCUGUGAAAACAAAAAUUAGUUUGUCAAAAAUAAAUAUAUAAAUAAAUAUGUGUCUGAAGAGCAAAUAAAUCUAUCAAACCUUAAAUAAAUCUGUCAACUUUAGAUAAGUCUGUAUCUAUAAGAAAUAAAUCUGUUAAAAUUAAAUAAUUAUGUUGCCAAAGAAAAAUAAAUCUAUUAAAUAUAUAUAUGUGAAAAUCAAAUUAAGUCUAUGGAUUUUAAAUAAGUUUGUGGCAAUAUAGAAAUAAAUUUAUGGUUAAUAAGUCUGUUGCUUCGUGUAACGUGAAUCAAAUAAAUCUAUCAAAUGGCAAAACUGUAAUUAUAAAAAAAAUUAAGAAAAUUAUAUAAAUGGCAGUUUUGUAAUUAUCGUUUUACAGAACAAAAGGUCUAAGGGCAUUAUAGGUAUCAAAACUAAACCAGUAAUUAAAAAAAUAUUAGAACUAAUCUAGUAAUAAACUGAUAAAUUAGGUCUACAUUAAUUUUUUUCCCAUAUAUAUAAAUGUUAUUAUUUUACUUUUAUUGAGCAACAACCCUUCCUAUCUUAUAGAAAAGGAUCCCAUGAUCACUGCAAUCUUUUUUUUUAAGUAGAAAAUAAAGAGAAUCACUGUAAUAAAACAUUUUUAGAAACAAUCACUGCAGAUCCAACCAUUGCAGAUGCAUGGUCGUAAUUAUAGGUUCGAGUCAAAUAUCUUGAUUUCCUUUAUUUGAAAAUACAUUACCUUAGACAAAAUUAAAAAAUGAAAACUAGUCAAACAUAGCAGUUAAAAAAACUAGUCAAACAUAGUGCUAUAUAUAGCUUUUCCAUUUCUUCAUCGUAUAUAAAUAACAGACUUAUAUUCAUCCUUGAAGAAACAAAACUAGUUAAUAAAAUGUCUAGAGCAUUUACGAUGGAUCUUAUCGUGAAUCUCGUACCUCUUUUGUUCUCAGCAGCCCUAGUUUAUUCGGAUCAAAGUACAGUGCCUCUCAAAUCUUUCAAGAUCAGUGAAAAUGUGAUAUACGAUUGCAUUGAUAUUUAUAAGCAACCGGGACUUGAUCAUCCCUUGCUCAGAAACCACAAAAUCCAGAUGAAACCAUCAUUUUCACCACAUGAUUCAACGAAUAAAACUGGCAAUAACGCGACAUACAAAACGAAAAUAGCAUGUCCAUAUGGAACUGUUCCUAUACUGAGAAAUACAAAGGAAUUCAACACUGAUGCACAAAUUUUUGCCGAAAAGCAUUUCAAUCAGAUUUUAGCCGAUGGGCUCGAUCCUCUAACACAUAUUGCUGGAGUAAGGUCGGAGCCUGGUCCAUAUCGUGGUGUGCAAGCCUUUUUUAAAGCAUAUAACUUAGACCUCAGAGACGAUGAAGCGUCCUAUAAUCAGAUAUAUAUAGGGAGUGGACUUAAUAACGGGGCCAAUUUUUUGAUGACAGGUUUAAUGAUAAAUCCAAGUUUAUAUGGAAACGACAGUGUCUGGACAUUUGGAUUUUUUCAGGGUAAGGAUGGAAAAGGAUGUUACAAUACUGGAUGUCCAGGGUUUAUCCAAUUAUCGCCACGAAAUCCCAUAGCCUUUCCCGUAGGAAUGAAGCCACUAGAAGCUGGCAACAUACAUCCCUUCAUCCAUCAGGAUAAUCAAACAGGAAAUUGGUGGCUUUCAACCUUGGGUUAUAAUUCAUUUAAAGUAGAUAUCGGCUAUUGGCCAAAAGAGCUAUUCAACCUUAUGGAUAAUGGUGGAAAUAUUGUUGGAGCUGGAGGUGUGGUUCAUGCUUCUCCAUUUGGUUCAAGCCCUGCGAUGGGUCAUGGUCAAUUUCCAAAACAACCAGUACCUUUAGAUGGAUCACCAACUUUUUCAGAUGUUAAAGUCAUGAAUUCUAAGUAUGAGUCACAUAGAAUGGAUUAUUUUCCAAUAGAGAAGUUGUUAGACAGUCCCCAGUGUUAUGGGAUAGAAAUUGGGAUAAACGAACCUCCUCAUCACGAUCAUCGUGGUUUCUUUUUUGAUGUUGGUGGUCCGGGAGGAAACACUUGUUGAAUUUGAUAUUUGUAAUUUCAUUUAUACCCAUGAUAUUUAAUAAAACUAUCAUUUUAUAAAUUAGUAAUAUUGACACUGUAAACAUUAAUGCAAAAAGAACGCACUAUUUCUUUUCUUUUUUUGUUAAAAAAAGUGAUUUCAUUUCUUUCCCAAAAUCAAGUAUUGUAAAUAGUUUUUUUUUUCAUUUUGCUAAGAUAGAGGAUUUGGGUGAUUCAGUUUGGGACUAG